CACUAUUCAUCACUCAAAACCCUAAACCCAGAAGCUCCUUCUCGAGUGUCACCUUUGCCAAGGGUUAGAGUUUUUGCGUGCACUGUCGCAUAUCAAUCAAAUCCUGCGAGCGAACUCGGUUCUGCGAUCUCCCUCUCCACCAUCGUCGCCAUCUUCAUCUCUCUGGCUCUGCCAUGCUCGCCCUUUCAAGAGGCCUCGUUUCUCGUCUGCAACGUUUCGCCGUUGAUUCGUCACCGUCGCCGCUCCGAUCUCUGAGCUCCGAUGCGGCGGCGAUUCAGACUCGGAUAAUUGAACCAAAGCCCAGCGUGAUGACACCAAAUUCCAAGCGAACCGGGCUCAUUGCGGUGAAGUGCGGAAUGAGUGCGCUUUGGGAUAAAUGGGGUGCUAGAAUUCCAAUUACUGUGCUUUGGGUGGAUGAUAACAUUGUGUCUCAGGUUAAGACCCCAGAGAAAGAAGGUUUCUGUGCUCUCCAGAUUGGUUGUGGACACAAGAAGGAUAAACAUUUGACCAAGCCUGAAGUGGGUCAUUUUAGGGCUCAAGGAGUUCCAAUGAAGAGGAAGCUUAAGGAGUUUCCAGUGACGGAAGAUGCACUACUUCCUGUGGGAACAUCACUUAAUGUUCGCCAUUUUGUUCCAGGCCAGUAUGUUGAUAUCACAGGAAUAACAAAAGGAAAAGGUUUUCAGGGUGUGAUGAAGCGGCAUGGAUUUAGUGGAGGGCCAGCAUCCCAUGGUAAUUCAUUGGCCCAUCGAACACUUGGUUCUGUAGGUCAUUUAACUAGUCAUGGAAAGGUUUUUAAAAAUAAAAAGAUGCCUGGGCGAAUGGGUGGAGACCAAAGAACAGUUAAAAAUGUAUGGGUCUACAAAAUCGAUCCAGCAAGGAAUUUGAUGUGGGUGAAAGGCCAGGUCCCAGGAGCUACAGGGAACUUUGUUUUUAUAAAAGAUGCUGUCUACGAAAAACCUGAUAUAUCUCUACUUCCUUUCCCAACUUACUUUGUCCCAGAAGAUGAAGAUAUUGAUAAUUUGAAACCAUUGGUUGCUGAGCUCGGGGAUGUGGAUCCAUUUAUGGUUACUGAUUAAAGAGUUGGUUUUCAUGCUAGGUUCACUUUUGCAGUCAUGUUUUCUCGGAAUAUAGAAUGGUAAAAUGAGAUUUUUGAGGAACCAACCCAGGAUGAAUUUUUACCUGUCUUUUUAGGCAGCUUUAGGGUUGUUUACAACAUUGAUCAAAUCUAAAUUAAGAUUGGGU